AUGCCCACUUUUUUAAUUUGUCUGUAUUAUUUGAACUUUCUGAUAGAAGUGCUUCUAGGUAUACACAUUUUUGGCAUAGAUUCACAAUUUUUGUUAAAAUGCAGAGAGAGUAUUAGCGCAAGAGGAAACACAAGAUGGAUCAGGAAUUUGACAGAACGAGAUACUGGAAAUGAUGGAACUAUUGUGAACGACAAAGGAUUAACAAUAAAUGAAUUGGAAGAACUAUGCAAGAACAGGGACCCGUGUUUCGCAAAUAAAAUAUAUGGAAUAUCAUUAUACGAUACAAAAGAAUUAUUUGUAGAAAUAACAAAUUUUGUCUUAUACCAAGAUUAUGAAGAACAUGUAAAAACUGAGAAGAAGAUUUUUACCUUCACCUAUCGCACUUUAACAUUUAUGGAAGAGAAAAUAAAAGACAAAAUAGAAGAACUGGUUAGUACAGCAAAAAGAGAUAUAGAUGAAUUAUUUGGAAAUUAUGAUUUUUUAGAUAAAAAAGAACUAGAAUCUAUAUCGAAUUUGAAUUUAUUUUUAGAUAUAAAUGGCAAUCAAGAUGUUUUAUUAGUAAAUGGGAUAGAUGUGUAUUUUUACAUAAUGGAAGUAAAAUUUUCGAAGAAAAUUCCCAUAAAUACGCAAAAUGCUUUGGAGAAUUUUACAGAAUUGCUUAAUCAUAACGAGAGUAUAUUUUCAGAAUAUAUAAAAAAGGUUUACAAAAUUGAAAAGGAUAUUAAAGCAUACUUAGUCACGGGUGGUAAUCGUUUUCCUCUGGAUUACACGCAUUGGAAUAAUAGUUACAUAAAGAUCACUCAAAAUGUUGCAGUAAGAGCAUUUUUGGAUGACUUUUUUAAUUAUUUUUAUGAUUUGGAAAAGAAGAUAAAAGGUAAUUCAUCUAAAGUAACAAGAAUAGACAUGCAUUUUUUAAAUGGAACUUUGCAAGCAAUAAAUGAUAUAAUAAAAUCAACUAUUGAACAGAAAACGUAUAAAUUAUUUGAAAUGUUAAAUAAAUUAUUUUAUGGAGAUUUGAAAUCCAUUUUAGGAUUUUUUACCUAUAUUUUUGAUAAAGAAAGAAAAAAAAAUGAAGUUAUUUUGAAUGCUAUAGCAAGUGAAAAAACAGGGGAUGUAUAUGACAACAAUUUUUUAUUCGAUAUAGAAUCUUUAUAUACUGAAGAAAAAAAAGACAUAGAAACUUCCGUAUCCAGAUUUAGUGAUUUUAUGAAAACCAAUUUUGGAUUCAACAUACAUGGUAAAAAUGUACAAAUGUUAAAAAGUAAUAUAUCAAAUUCAGAUAAGAAAAAAGAAAUUAUGAAGUUAUUUAAAAUUAUUGUACAUGAAUUAUUGUGCAGAAAACAAGUUGUUGAAUUUUUUAAUUUAUUAAACUUAAUGAAAAGAAAUUCUAAAACUGUAAUAUCAUAUUUUAGAAGAAUGUCAGGUUAUCUAACAAAGAAAAAUGAUUCUUCUAUAUUUGUGGAAACGAAAAAGUUGAUUCCUUUAAUGUCCAAAUUUUUUGAAAUCAAAGAAAGAAAUUGUUGUGAUUUGAAAGAAAAAGAUAGUGAUACCAAUAUCUUCGAAUUGAUGAAACAAAUAAAAAAUACUCUCUAUAGAUAUAGAGUUUCAAUAAAAAUACUGCACUUAUUAAUAGAGGAGCUAAAAUUAGCAAAGGAACUCAAUGCAGAAUAUGAUGCAAUUGUUACAGAGAAAAAAAAAAAGCAAAAGGAAAGUUAUGGUAAUAUGGAGAUAGAUAAAGAAAAAAGAGAUGAAGCAUAUGAAAAGGCACUCAAAGAAUGGACCAAAAAAUUAGAAUCUAAAAAAUUAGCUAUAGAUUCGAAUAAAAAUGCUAUUUUAUUUUACCUUUGUCUAAUUAAAGAAUUCAAGCUUAAUUAA